AUGUACUAUCAAUCACAAAUAUAGUGUUCUGAGUAUAUAGACAUUAUAAAAUGGGAUGAAGAAGGAAUUAAAAUUAAAAUAAUUGAUAAAUCUUUAUUAUAAGAGAAUGUCUUGCCUCGAUUUUUUAAACAUGGAAAUUAUUCAAGUUUUUUAAGGUAUUUCCUUUCUAUUUUUCAGAUAAUUGAAUAUGUAUGGCUUUACUAGUUGUAAGGAUUAAAAUGGAAUCUUAACAUAUGAGCAUCCAUACUUUACAUAAAAUAAAGUUAUUUAGAAGUUCAUUUAGAAGAAAAAGUAAGCUCAUGUAGAGAAACAAUAGAUAGGGACAUUUAUUAUGGAAUAAGAAGAAUUAAAGAAUACAAUGACGUCUUUAAAAUAAGAAUAAGUAAUUAUUUAGAAAUAAUUGGUUGAUUUCAUUCAACAAUAAUUGAGAUUUUAGCAUCAUUUUAAACUAAUAAUUGAAGUAUAAUAUAAUCCAAUAAUAAUUGAUAGAAACUAUUAGAAAUAAAAGCUAUUUAAGAGAGGAGAGGAGUAUUUUUUAUUGAGAGUAUACGAAUGAUAGUUAGAGCAAUGAAACCAGAAGCUUGUAAUAAAUAUUGAUUAUAAAUUGAUAGAGGCUUCAUUUUAAUACUUAAUAAAGUGUGUGUUUCCAAAAGAAGAAGAUCUUUGGAUGAGUGAAACAUUAUCAAUUAAGGAAGAUGAAGUUGAGAUUCCUUAUCCUACUUCUCCUGCUCCAUUUGGAAAAGCUGUUGUUGAUGAUAUUGGAAAUUAUUUAAAUCAUAAAUAGGAUAAAUUUAAUCUUGAAACUUUAGAGCCAGUUUGGUUUUUUGGUUAGUAAGAAUCAGAUUUUAACUUUUUUGGGUUUGAUUUGUGA